AUGAAAUUUAGUUUUCUAUUAAAUGGCAAAGGGUGGGAAACAGGUGAUCAGAAUUGGGAACCAACGAAAACAAUCUCAGUCAAGGUGUCCGGCAAGGAUCCGUAUGAUGCAACAGUUUUUGCUGUUAUCAUGAGUGCUAUCACAGUAAUAAAAGAAAGAUGGAAUAUGCCAACAGGAGGAGUGCUCAUGCCAGGCGCUGCCUUUUACGAGACCGACUUAGUCGAUCGAUUAAAAGAUGUUUUCACGUACGAAGUAUUGAAAUGA